GUACUUGUACCACAAUAUUAUUAGCCAUGCUUUUUGGGCUAUUGGGUUCUCUUCUUCUCAUGAAGUUCUUGGCUAAAUUACCAGCAAAGCCUCAAAACUUAUUACCUGCUGGUACCAUGGGAUGGCUGCCCUUUUUUGGUGAGACUCUUGCCUUUCUCAAGCCUCACAAUUCUAACUCUUUGGGAACCUACCUCCAAGAUCGUUGCCUUAGGUAUGGAAUGGUGUUCAAAUCACAUCUAUUUGGUUCACCAGCAAUAGUAUCAUGUGAUGUUGAGCUGAACUUGUUCAUUCUUCAAAACGAAGAGAAACUAUUCCAAGCAUAUUAUCCCAAGGCAAUGCAUGGUAUUCUUGGCAACUAUUCUCUACUUGUUGUGUCCGGAGAUCUUCACAAGAAGCUGAGGAGCAUUAUUGUAAGGUUCAUCAACUCAUCUAAGUCUCAACCAAAAUUCCUUGGCUGUGUUGAGAAUUUGGUCAUAUCCAUGAUCAAAUCCUGGAAUGACCUUACACAAGUUUCCUUCUUCAAAGAAGCUAAAAGGAUGACACUGAGUGUUAUGGUAAAGAGUGUUUUGAAUAUUGAACCCAAUGAGCCUAUAGCCGUACAGAUUUUAGAAGACUUUGAAACUUACAUGAAGGGUUUUGUUUCUUUGCCCAUAUUAUUCCCCGGGACAUCAUAUUACAAAGCAGUCAAGGCAAGAGAGAGGCUUUCUUCAAUAGUUAAAAAUAUAAUAGAAGAAAGAGUAGUAGGAAAAAGGGAAGUGGGUGAAGAAGAAGAAGAAGAAGUGUUUUUAGAUAUGAUAAUGAAAAAGGAAGAGAAUCUAAGUGAAGAAGAGAAAUUGAGCAUUGUAUUAGAUAUCUUAUUAGGUGGAUAUGAAACAACCGCGACUCUUAUGUCCUUAGUUGUCUACUUUAUUUGUCAUCAACCUCAUGUUUUGCAACAAUUAAAGGAAGAGCACCAAGCAAUUAGGCAAGACAAAAAAGAUGGGGAGCCCUUGAAUUGGGAAGAUUACAAGAAAAUGGAGUUUACUUACCAUGUCACAUGUGAAGCCAUGAGGUGUGGAAAUGUAGUCAAAUUCGUCCAUAGGAAAGCUCUUCAAGAUGUAAAAUAUAAAGAUAUUCUGAUCCCAUCAGGAUGGAAAGUGUUUCCAAUAUUCACAGGCGUGCACUUUGAUCAAUCCCUUCACGACAAACCCCACGAGUUUAAUCCUUGGAGAUGGACCGUUACGUAUAUAUAUAAUCAGGACAAGGAAAUGAGAAAGAAGGUGACACCUUUUGGUGGUGGAGCAAGGCUUUGUCCGGGGGCCGAACUAGCCAAAGUAGUGAUUGGAUUCAGCCUUCAUCAUAUUGUCCUUAAUUAUAGGUGGAAGACCAAAGCAGAUGAAUCCCCACUUGCUUACCCUUAUGUUGAAUUUCGAAGAGGUUUGAUUUUGGAGAUUGAACCAGCUGCCAACCGAUAUAUAUUGUAAAUUAAUUGCAAUAGCGACCAAAUUUUAUAUUUAUUUAUAUAUAUUAGGGAAAAUACUAUUUUGGUGUUUUUUUCGA